AUGUCAUCAACUUCAGAUAAUCUCCCCCUUGCACCUAUACUUACUGACUCUGAAAUCGCUGCUCUAUCUCAAUUACUGUACAAGAGCGCUCUACAACAUGACAUUUCGCUACAUAAUAUUGAUGGCACGAGCUCCCUCGAUGAAAAUAACGGUUCCACAUCAGCCCAUCAAGGAUUUGCUAAUAGAUACGAUACGUCAAGUUACGAAAGACCACCCAACAUUCUGAAUGCAUUCGCUUUUGUAUCUGCCAAGUAUGAGAGCUCGGCUCAGUAUAUGGCCUUGUCGGCAGCUAUGGGACAAAAGGUUUAUGUCUACAUUGCAUGGAACUGGGAGAAGCCGAAUGAGGAGGUAAAGAUCCAUCUCAAAAGUCUGUGGACGCAUAUGCAGUGCAUUGCGUAUGUGAGGCACUAUAUUCGCUGUGGAAAUGCAUCAGAACGUCGUGGCUGGGCUAGCAUUGAGAUUGAGGAAGCACCUUCGGGAGUUAAGGAGAUUUUAUCGGGAAGGUUUUCAGGAAGGGAUCCGGAUCUUAUCGUCCUGGAAGAACUUCACAAGAAGUUCAUGCACGGUGUUCAAACAUUUUGCUAUCCCAAAACUAGGCGUCGAGUCAAAAAGUAUCUCGCUCCCGGGAUAUCAGAAUUUUAUAAAUUCUACUUCGACAUCAACAGGGACUUUGUGAACCACGGGGAUGUUUUGGCUAAAGUUAUCCAUUCGCUGUACUACAUCUCCCGAAUAGUAAUGGUGAACAUUAAUGAGGACAACCCAGAUAAUUUCUCGGGUCUUGAUUGGAGCCAACUGCUACAUAUGUUCAGAGUUCUACACCACAGGUACAUAGCCAACGUGGAUGAGAUUUUAGGGCGGGCUCGCCUGAUCCUACAUACUUGUAGGGAGCUACAAGAAGUCAAAGAGGACACCACAUUACAUAAUUUCAACAUAGUAAAGGCAAUAUAUAAGAUUUCGGAACUAGGAACUUAUAUUUACGAGUUACUCGACUUUGCGUAUUCCCCACGACGUCAUGCAGUACUGCAGAAGGAUAUUGAAAUCAUAUUUGUGGAUUCUAUUGUCGAUCGGGCACCAGAACCACUUUCUCACCACGAAAUGACGGCUAUAGCGAAACUUGUCUUUGACACUACGUGGUACAACCCUGCUACAAACUUUUACGAAAGGAUGCUAGCUGCCCACGAACGACAAACCAAAUCCGUGGAGGCAGCAUUAUCAGCGAGAGCAUCGUCACUUUCGGUGCACCCCGAAAUGGCCUUGCUGAUUUACCACCACCAACAAUUCGCAAAGCAUCGCUCAAAUCCCGAAUUCAUUGCCCCAUUUGAGUAUAUCGCAGUUAACGGGAGUCCAUGUAUCUGCUCUCGAGCUAUGCUCGACGCAUACUCGAAGGCAACAGAAAGAUCGUUUAUCCUUUACGGACAUAACCCAAAACUUUCUGCUCCCUGGUGGGCCGCAACUGAUUGUUUUGAGCCAAAAUUGGCGGCUGCCAUGAAGAGAAUCUUUUACUGGAAUAUGGUGGAGGUCUACACGGCCCAGUUGCGUGAGUUUGAAGAACUUGGGGGUGUAAAGAAACAGGAUGGGUUCGACGAGGUUCCCUUGGACAACAGCGUUGCGCAGCCAGAAGAUGGUCUCGAAAAGAAGAGGAAGAAGAAAUGA